CAACAACCAGCCAGUGAAAUGUUAUGCUGCUUUGCUAAACCUCCACAGUCCACACAGAAGCAAAAUGGCCGAUAGCAAACUAACAGAUCUUACAGCGUCUGCCACUCACCUGGGGGUUACUAUGUGUGUUUUGUUUACAGCCUGAGAAGUAUAGUCGUGCAAAAGGAUACUAGCCUUCCUACGAUUCACGUUUCGGUGAUGUCAUUUCUUAUCCAACUUAGCCUUGAAAGCCUCGAAGAACUAGCUCGCUAAGCUAGCUUACCUAGCUAGCCCGUAGGUCUGCGAGCAUUUUUUGUUUGCACGGGACGCACUUUAUUUCCGAUGUGAUUCCCGAGACUGGAGAAUCGGUAAAGGGAAGAGCAGUUAAUGGAAGACAAGAAAAAGAAGAAAGACGACAAAAGGAUAAAGGAAACUUCUCAAAAGGUCCCAGAACAGAACGUCAAAGUGCCAGAAUCAACCAAGCCCUCCUGUUCCCAGCAACCCACCACCCCAACCUCAGUCUCCCCCAGCCCUGGCCCUGUUGACCCCUCGUCCCCAAAUUCUAGUGCCACUGGGUUCUCUGCACCAGUUCUUCCUGGUGGCGGGAACAAUGCAAAGCAGCGGACUGCUGUGGCCAACGGACAGCCCUCCUCCCUUUCUGGAAACCAAACUCCCCAGCAGCAGCGAUACAUGUCUAGAGAGGUUCCACCAAGAUUUCGCUGCCAACAGGACCACAAAGUGCUACUGAAGAGGGGGCAGCCUCCACUGUCCUCCAUGCUACUCGGGGGAGGUGGGGGAGAUGAGAGCACUGGUGGGGUUGGGGUAGGCAGUGGCUGGGGUGCCGCGCCACCCCUUUCCUCAAAAGAAGCAGAUAACUCCAAUGCAAAUACAGACACAGAUUCAAACUUGGGUUCAUCCUCUCCUUCACCACCCAACACAGCAUCCUCAUCAGGUGUUACUGCUCUGUCGUUAUCCUCAUCUUCUACCAAUUCAACUUAUGCAAAUUCCACAUGGGGGGCAGGAUCUGUCAGCCUGCCCCCCUCUCAGGGUUGUGACAAGAUCAUUGUGGACGGGACUGAUCUGGACAGCUGGCCUAGCAUCCAAGGCACAGUCAAAUUAAGUUCUGAUGGAUCUGGAGGAAGAGUGCAGCAGCAAGACGGCCCUGGUAACAAAAACAGUAGUGCCUCAUUUCAUGAGAAGAACCUCCAGCAGAUAGGCGGAGUAGCUGAAGGAGGUGCAGGGAAAGUGUACAAUCCCUCCCCUCCUAUUUCUUCUCCUCUUUCCUCAUUUUCAUCACAAAAUGAAUGUGUUCAGACAGGCAGCGUCAUGUGGAGCUCAUCCACUUCCCCUCGGGCGGAAGCAGGAUUGGGAUCAGCAGCAUUUUAUAAUUCCAAAGUCUCCCAUCUGCUUCCUGGACCUCAAGAGAGUCCCGCAGAUAGCAACAGCAGUCUCCCCGGUGCCAUUUUAAACCCCAGUGUGAACCCCUCCGCCUGGCCAGCCCUCGUGCAGGGGAAGACAUCGACUUCAGCCACUUCGCUACAUUUGUCUUCAGUUCCUGCCAGCACCACCUCUCUCCCUCACAAGCACACGGAGACAGCAGAAUUAGACACAAGUACAGAACAACAGCAUCCCUUGGGAAACUUUGAGCAAGAGCUGGAUUCAGGUGAAGGAGCACAGGGAGCUGGACCAGGACCAAAUCGAGAAGAUGGUGACAAGAGAGAAACUGAGUCUGGUGCUGAAGGAGAAGGGAGUGCGCAUCGAUGUGGUCCUUUGUCUUCCUCUUCUGCUGUCUCUUCCUCUUUGAAACCUUUGACUGCAGUGCCCUCUGCUCCAAGAACAGGUGCUUCACAGGAAGAUCAUUGGGGCGGACAUGACACUGGGAUCCAUGAACAGGAUAAAAAUCCGGGGAGCUUUGGGAACCAGGGUGACAAUACAGGGUGGGGAAGGGAAAGCGCAAAUAUCGAAACGCUAUCUCAGGGAGGGUGGAAAGACAGGAGCUCAGCAGUGGACUGUGGAGACACAGACGAAUGUGUAAGUUCAAAUAACUUAGCAAUAGCAAGUGCAACAGGGGGUUGUGGGAGCAACAACAACAACAACAACAGUGAAGGCGGCGGUGGAAGUGCUUUGCCAGGAUCUGCGUCACCAAAGUUAGCAAUGAUGGAAAAUGCUUGGGACAAUCAAAAAGGGAUGGAAAGUGGGCACGUGGUCCAACAGCAAGGACAAAGCGCUGGUGGUGAAGGACAAGCCUCCUCUAGUGGAGAUGGAACAAAAAAUGAUGGCGAAAAAGGGACUGGUAAUGAGCAGAAGACACAUGGAGCCCAGUCUGUGCUCGCCCUUUCCAACCAGACCUCCGAUGCUGAAGUGGCCUUACUAGGCAUGCUCAAUCGAUCUGACCUGGAUCCCAGGGUUUUGUCCAACACGGGUUGGGGCCAGACCCAAAUUCGUCAGAAUGUGGCCUGGGAUCUGAACACCACUAAACAAGUAGGGCAUCGAAAUGAAAAAAUGUCCUCAUCUUCCACAUUCUCAUCGGGAACAAUGCCCCCCAACAAUCGCAGUUCUGGGUUCAUCUCCAAUUCCAGGCUAAAUAGUAAUGAUGAGUCUGACAAUGUGACCUCUGGCCCUGCUUCAGUGAGGGACUCUUGGGAUGGCGGUGGUCCACAGGUUACUUGUGGUUCUCACAUGUCCGAUGGCGUUCUACACAAGCCCAAAAUGCUGGACAAGGAGGACAGUCCAGGAAAUGCAACUCGAAGUUGGGGCGAUCCUCCACCUGACAACCAGGGCAAAGGGUGGGGUGACGAACACCAGUGGGGGGACCACAGAGGUGGGAAUUGGAGAGACAAAGGAGAGCAGAGCAGCGGGUGGCCUGUUGGCCCAGAAGACAAAAGGACAGGGGGGUGGAAGGGAACUGAAAGAGGAAAGGUAGGUGGUUGGGGAGACUGGGGCCAGGGUGAGUCCAAACCUGGAGGUGGGUGGGGAGAUGGACGAUUCCGAAGUGCAAACAGCUCGGAUGAAGUAUCCUCUUGGGGUAACCCGGAUGAAAGUGCACCUCAGCGGGGAGGAUGGGGAGAGGGAGAUGUGGUUAAGUCUCCCCACGACUGGGGGGGUUCCCAGCCCCACGCAGCAGGUCCGACACCAAACAACCAAGUGGCCGCAAUGAAAACCCCAAAUCAGCAUCACCAAUCACAGGGACAUCACCAACCAGGAAGAACUCUACAAGGAGGUUGGGACAGCCGGCCGAAUGUUGGAAGUGGGGGUCCGCCAUCCAAGAAUCAGAACCAAGGUUCGGGCUGGAUAUCUGGCCCCAUUCCUCAAAUCUCUGGGGAUGACUCUGUGAAACCGAGUGGCUGGGAUGAGCCCUCUCCUCAGUGCAUCAGUCACAAAAUGGAAAUUGAUGACGGAACUUCAGCCUGGGGAGAUCCUACCAACUACAAUGGCAAAAAUGUGAACUUGUGGGACAAAAAUAGAGCCCCAUCUGGCGAAAGCCACAGUCAGCAGGCUUCCGCACUGCAGCCAUCUCGACGACAUCAGGGCUUGCCACACAGGGACGCUAACGCCGGAAAUACAGUUGUUGGUAUGUGGGGAGGGGGCACACAGUCUCUUGACAAUGGGUCAGGUGCUUGGAACCAGACAUCGGAUACAGCAUCGGGAUGGGGUGACUCAGACGAUCCUAAAAUGUCUGGCUGGGGAAACCUCUCACCCAACCCUGGUAAAAGUACCAAGUCACUGGAGACCUGGGGUGGGAAGGGAGAUGGCUCAGUCGCAGCCUCCCGUCAUCCUAGCUGGGAAGAGGAAGAUGACAGCGCGGUAGGGAUCUGGAACAGCACUGGCUCCCAAGGAAGUAGUUCCUCCUUUCACUCAGGAGGCUGGAGUCAUGGUGGAAGGCGAGGCAACAUGAAGGGUGGGAGUGGAGACAGCUGGCUGAAUCCAAUCUCACGACAGUUUUCAAACAUGGGUCCUCUGGGUGAAGACCCCAGCAUAGAGAAGAAGAUGGAAGGAGACAAGAGAGGGAUGGCUGACUACAAUGGCGACAUUCGGAGAGGAGGAAGAGGUGGAGGAGUUUACCGCAUGUCUAAUGCCAAAGACAUGGGCCCUGUUGACAUGAGCACCUAUGGUGAAAAAAUGGGUAGCCACGGAAUGUAUGUUGGAAGUGGUGGAGGGAUCCAUCAGUCCCGAGGGAUACACCAACCUGGCUUGCAUCCUCUGAACCCCUCUCCAGGGCUUCGAGCUCAAGUGCCGCAUCCGUUCCUGUCUGCUCAGGUGCCGGGUUCUAUGUUGAAGCAGAUGCCGUCUCCUGGUGGCAGUGUGCUUGGAGGAGUAGGAGGUGUCGGUUCUGUUGGUGGAGCUGGGAGUGUUGGUGGAGGAGUGUUCCCUCCUCAGAUUUCCCCACAACAAUUAGCUGUGCUUAGCAACAUCUACCCCCACGUGCAGCAAUUCCAUCUGGCUUGUCAGCUCUUGCUACAACAGCAGCAGCAGCAACAACAGCAGCAGCAGUUUCUGCAAAACCAACGAAAGUUCCCUCAGCCACAGCCACUCAGACAGCAGCCAGAUCCACAGCAGCUGGCAAGGAUUGUUGCAAUUCUCCAGCAACAACGACAUCAACAUGGUGGAGUAGCAGCCGGGAGCUCAAAAUUAUCCCCCUCUCACCUUGGAGGAAGUCUGUCGAAACAGCCCAUGGGUGACUCGUAUCCACCUCCUGGAGUGGGAGGCCCCGUGUCAGACCCGCAUUCCAAAAUGCAAGGGGUGUACUCCGGAUUGGAACUUGGCAGUCCCAUGAUCGGGGGGUUGAAGGACAUCGGAGGACAGCAGUCACGCUUCAAAUGGAUGAUGGAGGGACAUUCCCCAGCUCCAUCUCCCCCUGAGUCAACACUUCUCAAGAAUGGCUCCACAGAAAACUGGCAGCGUACGCCUGGGAGCAAAAUGGGGAACAAGACUUCCACAUCCAGUUGGCCACCAGAGUUCCAGCCUGGUGUCCCCUGGAAUGGGAUGCAGAAUAGUGGAGACCCUGAAUCUGACCCCUAUAUGACCCCCGGUAGUGUUCUUGGCUCCCCGGGACCCCCAAACCUCAAUGAUUCUGACCAUCAGUUAUUGCGAGACAACAUAGGGCCAAAUCCUGCCCUCAACACCUCACUGCCUUCACAUGGUGCCUGGCCCUACAGUGCCUCAGACAGCCCACUCAGCAAAGCACACGGUACAGCAAAGUACUCAGAAUAUAAGUCCAGUUGGCCCCCUGAGCCCAUCGGACAAAGUAAGUCGUGGAAGGCCGAUCGCAACAGCUCACAGCUGCCACGCCCCCCUCCUGGCUUAACCAAUCAGAAGCAGGGCACACCCUCUCCUUGGGGAAGUGUCGGCCCACGGGUAGCCCGGAGCUGGGGUGGGGGUGGUGUUAAACAAGACUCGAGAUUUGGGCCAGGCACAGCUUGGAGUGAUGGUGUGGCUUCGAGAGGCAGUUCCUGGUUGCUGUUGAGAAACCUGACACCACAAAUUGAUGGCUCCACACUUAAGACGAUAUGCAUGCAGCAUGGUCCCCUUUUGACCUUUCACCUUGGCCUUACCCAGGGCAGCGCGCUGAUUCGCUACAGCAGCCGUCUUGAGGCAGCCAAGGCCCAGGGUGCACUGCACAUGUGUGUACUGGGGAACACCACAAUCCUGGCAGAGUUCCUGAGCGAGGAGGAAGUUUCCCACUAUUUUGCACAUUGCCAGGCUGCAGGCGCUGAUGUGACGAGCACAGGAGGGGCUGCAUCUGCUGGUACGCUUGGUUCACCUGGAACUGGCACCGUAGUGACCCCAAGUGGGGCUAGCUCUCCAAGAAGUGAGGGGGCUGUAGCGAGCACCAUCUCAGGUGGAGAGGGGAGUGGCAGUGGAGCGGAAAGUGGUUCCGUAGGUCCGAGUGGUGUCAUGUCCCCGGGUUCUGGUUGGCAAGGUCUAGAUGGUACAAGUAGCUGUUCAGAAACCUCCUCAGUCCAAGGGCCCGGUUUGGGGAUUUUUUCCCAGUGGAGCACCAAUGGAGCAGGAGGGGUGGGAAAUGUCGGUGGAGUAGAAUCUGGGAGGUCCGGACUUUGGGGGGGCAUGGCUGCAGGAUACCAUGGCAGCAGUCUGUGGGGGGCACCGCAAAUGGAGGAGAGGCACCAAAUGGACAGUCCUGCUGCGUUGUUGCCUGGUGAUUUGCUGGGCAGUGGAGCUGAUUCAGUCUGAAGAGCCUUCUCCUUUUGUAGGUUUGGACACACUGAUAUUGCAUACACUGGGAUACGUUAUGUAUUUUACAAUAGCACAUCAACACAUAUACAGAUAUGCAUAUAUUAAUGUUCCACACAUGUGCAUACAUAUACAUUGUUUGCAUAUCAACGUGCUCACGCAUAAAGAAGAAAUGUGAGACAUGCUUACACACAUUCUUGUGGCCAGAUUUAAGCUAUUAUAUAAAUAAACGCAGGGACUGUUAGUUGUAUACAGCCUUUUUUUCCACAGAUGAAGAUUUCAACUGCUUAGACUUGAAAACUGAAUAAGAUUGGUCAGUCAGUUGGUCUGAAAGACUAAACUAGACUGUAUUGUGCUUAGUAAAUGGAAGACUUUUGAAAAGAUUUACAUUCAUACACCAAAAUCAGACGCACCUUUUAAAAUAAGGGCACUGUAAACUGCAUUAUCUUCAUUGUAUGAGAAAACUUAAAACUACUACAUGAUGUGAAAGGUGCAGUUUAUUUUCACACACCUGGAAAAAUGACAUUGACCCAACCACACGCAAUCAGCUCUGAAUAACAGAACUGCAUCUUACUGUGUAUGUCAAGUUUGUCUCUAUUUUUCCAGUUUAUAUGUAAGGCUUUAAUUUUGGAAUUGUGAAAAUAAUGAAAAAUGUUAUUUUGUUUUCAAAAUGCUGACCUCCUACUGUUUUACCUUGCGCACUCUUGUUAUCUCUUGAAUAUGUUUGUUACUGUUGCAGUGAUAAAUGUUAAAUUGAGGCUUUGUUGCAUUUCUCCAUGUGUGGAUCCAGUAUCAUUCACACUAUGGACAUGAGUAUGAGUGGGACUGAGACCAAGUAAGUGGAUUCAUUUACCACUGUUAAUUUGUGUGUGUGUGUGUGUGUGUGUGUGUGUGUGUGUGUGUGUGUGUGUGUGUGUGUGUGUGUGUGUGUGUGUGUGUGUGUGUGUGUGUGUGUGAGAACGAGUGUGCAUGUUGCCUGUCAGAAUUGCAGGCAAGGCUGCUUACCAUACAGAAGGUCUAUACAAAAUUUGUGUUCAUUGUACUGCUGACUGUGUUAAGAAUAUUGGCACUAAUGCUUUUUUUUCACUUAUUAGAAGGUGUUUGUUUUAGUGGAGUUAGAUUUUUCUUGUUCAAACUGCAAUAAUUCAAGAAAAAAAUGUUAAUGACACAAACAGGUCAAGGCGUAUGCGUUGGGGGGGAAUUGAAAUGCCAAAUCUUAAACUGUAGACGGGGUGGGCGGGUGGCUUGGGUUGUUUACAAAUGCAGAAAGAGUUACCAUAUGUUUGUAAUGUUCUGAUGAUGUGUGUUUGUUCUGAAUUAAGACAGGCUUUAACACUCCUGUUCUUUGUUUUUGUUUCGAGAUUUUACAAAGGAAAACAUAUUUAAACUAAUGAGAACAAUAUUAAUAAAGUAUUCGCUUGUUUUAAAUGUG